AACAGUUUAAUUCUGCCGCCCCGUUUGUCGUCUCCUUCGUCUCCGUCCACCACCGUCGCUCUCUUUGCCUUUGACUCAAAUCUCUCUCUCUCUCUCUCUCUAACCCUUUCUUUCUCUCUGUACAUUCUCUUCUUCCUCUCGAGUAUAUAAGUUCUCAUUCCUCUCUCUCUCUCUCCAUCUAUUGCUCUGCGUUUUCUUGUUCCAGAUAAGCAAGUGUCUCUUCAUUCUGCAGAGCUCAAAACGAGGAAUCAAUCACAGGAGGGUACAAAUAAAAGCAAACCUACUCCGUAAUUGUACAGAGAGAGAGAGAGAGAGAGAGAGAGAGAGAGAGAGAGAGAGAGAGAGAAGGGUGCUUUGUUUGUUUGUUUAUUUGUUUUUUGUGUACUUGUUCACCGCUCAGUACUUCUCUUGGAGUUAUCUUUUUCGGUUUGGAAUAAAAUAGCGUCACUAUGACUCUAAUAAGGAAGACGACUUUAAUGCUUCUUUGAAGAUCAACCUCCCCUCCUCCUUCAUCGCUUCUUUUCUUCUACAUCUUUCUGGGUUUCUGGGUCUUGUUUGCCGAGACCUCUUAUGGCUGGCGGUAAUGAAGUUAAUCUCAAUGAAUCCAAGAGAGUUGUCCCGUUGAAUACGUGGGUCCUCAUUUCAAAUUUCAAGCUGGCUUACAACAUCCUCCGCCGUUCCGACGGCUCAUUCAACCGGGAACUCGCCGAGUUUCUUGACCGGAAAUUGCCGGCAAAUACAAUCCCAGUUGACGGGGUUUUCUCUUUCGAUCAUGUCGAUCGAGCCACCGGCCUUCUCAACAGAGUUUACCAACCAGCCCCCAGCAACCCCACUCAAUGGGGAACUGUUGAUCUCGAAAAUUCCCUCAGCACAACCGAGAUUGUUCCAGUCAUUGUUUUCUUCCAUGGCGGAAGCUUCACUCAUUCAUCAGCCAAUAGUGCUAUCUAUGACACCUUCUGUCGCCGCCUCGUUAGUGUCUGUAAAGCUGUCGUGGUCUCUGUAAAUUAUCGCCGGUCACCGGAGUAUCGGUACCCAUCCGCAUAUGAUGAUGGCUGGGCUGCUCUCAAGUGGGUCAAGUCAAGAACUUGGUUGCAGAGUGGGAAAGAUUCAAAGGUUUAUGUUUACUUGGCCGGUGAUAGCUCUGGUGGUAAUAUAGCUCAUAAUGUCGCAGUAAGGGCUGCUGAAUCAGACAUUGAGGUGUUUGGUAAUAUCCUACUUCACCCCAUGUUUGGUGGGCAAGAAAGAACAGAAUCAGAAAAGAGAUUGGAUGGAAAAUACUUUGUUACAAUCCAAGACCGAGAUUGGUAUUGGCGAGCUUUCCUCCCUGAAGGAGAAGAUAGAGAUCAUCCUGCUUCAAACCCAUUUGGCCCUAGAGGCAAGAACAUAGAAGAACUCAAGUUUCCGAAAAGUCUUGUGGUAGUAGCGGGUUUCGAUCUUAUUCAAGAUUGGCAAUUGAAUUAUGUCGAAGGGCUGAGGAAAGCUGGUCAGGCUGUGAAACUUCUUUUCCUAGAGCAGGCAACAAUUGGAUUCUACUUCUUGCCAAACAACAGUCAUUUCUAUUGCCUAAUGGAGGAGAUUAAAGACUUCAUCCAUCCUAACUGUUAAUACCUUCCUUAUUGUUUAACCCUUUUAACAACAGGCAGUCAGACUCACAAAACAGAAGCUCUUAACAAUAUUGAUCAACUGGGUUUUUGUUUUUCCGGUUUUGGAGUGAUGAGAGUGUAGUUAUAUAUCUAUCUAUCUAUAUAUAUAUAUAUAUAUAUGAUUGUGUAUCUUACUGCAUUACAGUUCUUGGUGGUGGAGAAAUGGGAGUUGUUCACAUUUGGGAGACUUCUUUGUCUUCUUAACUCCAGAUACAAACAAAAUUUGUACCUUUGGGAGGAUAUUGAAAACUGGAGAAGGCUGGAGGUUCCGGUGAUUCACAGGUCAGAUUUUGUUUGUGGGAUUUGGCGGAACAUCCACCAGAUCGAACGGAGUUUACCCCGGUAACUUCCGGCCACAGACAAGGGGAAUCAGAAGGCUGGGGUAACUUUUGGUGAUUGAUCAUCAAUUGAUUUUAGUAAUAGGAUAGUAACAAGAACUAAUGUUAGAGCAAAGAAUUAGCAAGUUCUAAAAAUAUAAGUAUAUUAUAUACAGUUAUGUAAUACAUAUAUCCUUCUUAUUACGGAAUUGUAUGUCUAUACAUGUGUUCUAGAGUUUAUAUAUAUAUAUAUAUCAUAGAGAAGAUUUUGUUUGCU